AUGACGAUCGAUCAGAGACUCGAAAGUGAUUGUCCCAUUAAAGGAUUCCUGGGUCUUCCCACGGAGAUACGGAUAGAAAUAUACUACCAUCUUCUGGUCGCACGCAAAUGGCCGUAUGACGAUCGAAUUUUUCAGAACAUAGAUAUUAGUACGAAGAAACGGCCCAGGCUCUGCCAAAACUUCAAGCACAUGUCCGAGGUGACAGGGACAAAAACAAACUACUGCCCUGGGGACCAAUACUGCCGCGGGUAUCCCGAACUUGGACUUGCACCUGCAAUUCUGCGAACCUGCAAAGGAAUACACGAUGAAGCAGCACCGAUUCUCUACAGCAAAAAUGUGUUCUACUUCCCAAUUCCAGACCAAUUUAGAACAGCAGGAUUCACGAGAGCAGGACCCGCUGAGGAGUUGUGGCUCCGGAGCCAGUGUCUAUGGCUCUUUGGGUACCGUGACGAGGCCUGGCACACACUUUUCUUUGAGAUACAGGCUUCUAUGUUCGCUCGUUUCCUCCACAUGAUCGGGAAAGAAAACGCGGCUCGCCUCACGACACUUCGAUUUUUGCUUGGGGAUCCGACCACUGAAGGAGGUAGAUACGGCCCAAAGACCGGCCAGGUUAUGAAAGUCGUGAUGCAGUUACUGUACAUGCACGUUCCGGGUCUUCGUGAUCUCAAUAUGCGCUUGGUGGUUAACGACCGGGAACCGUACCACACCUUAUGGACGCCUCAUCCUACAGUGGAACGGGUUCUGUAUGACGUUCUAAAGGAAGCCGUUCAGAACCUGCCAGAGUUGAAGCAUCUUGAAAUUAGAGGGUUUGGAAGGGAUCCUGGUGUUAAGAGGGAGUUGGAAGCCCUCGAGGUAGCCUGUGGAUGCCGCAAAGACCAAGCCAAACCUCGGAAUCUCACCACCCUGUAG